AAGACGUCAUUAGUUAGGAAAACGAGUCCUUGUUUUUCUUCUGGUAAUGCAGAGCGAAACACACUUCAAACUUCUCACGACGUCGUAAGCACUCCGCACUGAUCUUCCUCUUCGCAAAUGAGCGCCUGCAAAACCCUAGCCCGGACUUCCUUAUCAUGUCUGGAAUUCCGAGCUCGAACACCAAAUUCAACUACCCUCCGCCAUUUUACUUCUUCCCUUUCACUUCAUUCAGGGCUGAGAAUCAAAACCCAGAGGCCCUUUUCAAUUUCAAGAAGCUUUCGUAGUGCGAAAGCAGCUGUCUCUUUAGAAACUCCGGAUUCUAAGGAGGGAACUGCACCUUAUAAUGUGAGUUUAGGAACACCCCAAGAUUCAUGUAAAGACACGGUGCAAGAGUUACUUUCGAAAGACAAGGAUGACAUUUCAAGGUUGAUGAAAAUGGAACGGCGUUUGGGAAAUGGUGAUGAAUUUAAAGAUGAUAAGAGGAGGGAGCGUUGGUUUCCGUAUUUGAAUAAAUGUAAAGUAGGGGAUGCGUAUCUAAGCUGUGACGAGAUCUUGGAAGCGAUGGAUCCAUAUAUAAUGGAGUCGAGGAAGGAGAGGUUUAGGAAUGUGGUGAAUAACAGGAGCUACUCGCUGAGUUUGGUGGUCGAAGGAUUGAGCGAUUUUGGGAAUGUUUCGGCUGCUUUUCGGUCUGCUGAUGCGCUUGGAAUUCAGUCUGUCCAUGUUGUGUCGUGUGACAGCUCAAGAAGAUACAGAGACAAUCGUCAUGUGAGCAUGGGAGCAGAGAAAUGGUUGGAUAUUGAAGUCUGGAGUUCCAUUAGGGAGUGCUUCGCAAUUCUGAAAGCACGCGGUUAUAGAAUUGCUACAACCCACCUGGGGGUGGAUGCGGUAUCCGUCUAUGAUGUCAACUGGUCAUGCCCUACUGCAAUAGUUGUUGGGAAUGAACUUAGGGGCAUAAGCAAAGAGGCUCUCGAGCUGUCAGAUCUGCACUGCAGUAUCCCAAUGAGAGGCAUGGUAGACUCAUUUAAUGUUUCAGUAGCUGCUGGCCUUCUUAUGCAUCAAGCCGUGUGUGAUAGGACUUUGCGCAUGGGUUGUCACGGGGAUCUAACACAGGAAGAGCGCCAGAUUCUCCUAGCAGAGUUUUAUCUGCGCCACAACAAAAACUCCUUAAGCAUUGCGAAUGAAUUUUCUAAGAGGAAGGUAUCCAGCUCUGUCUCCAAACUGUAGAAGCUAUAAUCUGUUCUGCACAGGUGUCCCAGAUCAUGAUUGUACUGUCCCAGCAGGUGAGGAGGCAGGUAAUAAUAUUGGAAAAAUUCAUGGCAAGAAUUGGGAAGUCAUGUUAGAUCAAAUUCUGGGUCAAUAGCUGGAAGCAUCACGAUAAAGAAUGUAUAUAAGCUUAUCCCGCUGGUAGUAAGUCAUACUUUAGAAUUUAGCUAGAGAGCUCUGUUACAUUCAGCAAAGGCAAGAAUAUCAAAUCCUUCUACAGCAAAAAGAAGUGAUAUGAUGGAGGAUGAAUCUCUUUUGUUGCAGACUUUUGCCGAGCGGCUUGCAUGAUCUCAUUUGAUGGUUGGAGCCAAAGCCUCUUGUAACUGAAUUGCUGUCUGUAUUAUCUUUGUUUUUUGCACUGCGGAAAAAUCAUACUUGAAAUGCUUGCAAAGGAAUGUAUAUGGAUGAGUUUAUGGCAUUUGCCCCA